CUGAGAGCUUUUCAGCCGGACGUUUCGUUGAUCGCGUCGCAAAGUGUGCAAGGGUCGCCCGCCAACAAAAAGGGCAAUAAGACUCCCUUUGCAGACUUGAGUCCGAGGAGUAGACAAGCAGCUUUGAAGGAAAGCGUUGAUCGUUUGUCGCGUCCACGAAAUGCCGAAGGCGCUCGUUGUAAUAGGGAAUGGAAGCGACAGGAGGGAAAGGAGGCUGUGCGGAAAGUGUUGGGUUCACCAAUGGUCGGAACCGCCCGCGGUAGCAAUUUACAAGCACCAGUGACGCCAUUCCAACCGCUCGAUGCGUCUCGCAUGACGAUUGUAAAUGCCGAACGCAGUGGAACGGUUCGUCGUGGACCCAGAACUAGAUUGAGGCUGGAUGGAACUUCACUGUUCCCUGAGGAAAGUUCGGCUCCAAAGCACAAAAAUCUCCUCAAGCGUCUAGGUGACUAUAAGCCACAGCAAAACGUACCUUCGAGACUUUCACCACCACAAUCCUCAUCCCGAGCUACUGCUGGAAGGAAUACUGUCCCCACAACCUCGCCCGAUGUCGUAGCAAACGGGUAUGAGAACAGCCUCACAGAUGCCGCUCGACAAUUGAGUUUGGAAGGUAGGGCGACUCAAUGA